GCGCGCCGGGUACGCGCGCCGGCGACCAUGGCGUUCGCCGGGUUGGAGCGAGUACAUUAACCCGGGGAGGCGGCGGCGGCGGCGGCGACGAGGGAGCGAGCUUCAAGCGGGCGGGCCCAGCCUGAGGGAAGGGAGGAAGGGGCGGGGAGAGCGCCGGAGGGAGGCCGGUCGGCCGCGGGCGGGCGGGCAGCGCAGCGCCGAGCGGGGCCCGCGGGCCCAUGAGGAGGCCCGGGGACCAUGGGCUCCAGGAUCAAGCAGAACCCAGAGACCACGUUUGAAGUCUAUGUUGAAGUGGCCUAUCCUAGGACAGGUGGCACUCUUUCAGAUCCUGAGGUGCAGAGGCAAUUCCCGGAGGACUACAGUGACCAGGAAGUUCUACAGACUUUGACCAAGUUUUGUUUCCCCUUCUGUGUGGACAGCCUCACAGUUAGCCAAGUUGGCCAGAACUUCACAUUCGUGCUCACUGACAUUGACAGCAAACAGAGAUUCGGGUUCUGUCGCUUAUCUUCAGGAGCGAAGAGCUGCUUCUGUAUCUUAAGCUAUCUUCCCUGGUUCGAAGUAUUUUAUAAGCUGCUUAACAUCUUGGCGGAUUACACGACAAAGGGCCAGGAGAAUCAGUGGAAUGAGCUUCUUGAAACUCUGCACAAACUUCCCAUUCCUGACCCAGGAGUGUCUGUUCAUCUCAGCGUGCAUUCUUAUUUUACUGUGCCUGAUACUAGAGAACUUCCCAGCAUACCCGAGAAUAGAAAUCUGACAGAAUAUUUUGUGGCCGUGGAUGUAAACAACAUGUUACAUCUGUAUGCCAGUAUGCUGUACGAACGCCGGAUUCUCAUCGUCUGCAGCAAGCUCAGCACUUUGACCGCCUGCAUCCACGGGGCCGCCGCCAUGCUGUACCCCAUGUUCUGGCAGCACGUGUACAUCCCCGUCCUGCCUCCGCAUCUGCUGGACUACUGCUGUGCUCCCAUGCCCUACCUCAUAGGAAUCCAUUUAAGUUUAAUGGAGAAAGUCAGAAACAUGGCCCUAGAUGAUGUCGUGAUCCUCAACGUGGACACCAACACCCUGGAAACUCCCUUUGAUGACCUCCAGAGCCUCCCAAAUGAUGUGAUCUCUUCACUGAAGAACCGGCUGAAGAAGGUGUCCACAGCCACCGGCGACGGUGUGGCCAGGGCCUUCCUCAAGGCCCAGGCUGCUUUCUUCGGCAGCUACCGAAAUGCUCUGAAAAUUGAGCCGGAGGAGCCAAUCACCUUCUGUGAAGAAGCCUUCGUGUCCCACUAUCGCUCGGGAGCCAUGAGGCAGUUCCUGCAGAAUGCCACCCAGCUGCAGCUCUUCAAACAGUUUAUAGAUGGUAGACUGGACCUUCUCAAUUCUGGCAAAGGUUUCAGUGACGUUUUUGAAGAGGAGAUCAGCAUGGGCGAGUAUGCUGGCAGCGAUAAACUCUACCAUCAGUGGCUCUCCACAGUCCGGAAAGGAAGCGGAGCAAUUCUGAACACUGUAAAAACGAAAGCGAACCCGGCUAUGAAGACUGUCUAUAAAUUUGCAAAAGAUCAUGCAAAAAUGGGAAUAAAAGAGGUGAAAAACCGCUUGAAGCAAAAGGACAUCACCGAGAAUGGCUGUGCCCCCACCAUGGAAGAGCAGCUGCCAAAGACUGUGCCGUCCCCACUGGUGGAGGCCAAGGACCCGAAGCUCCGAGAAGACCGGAGGCCAAUCACAGUCCACUUUGGACAGGUGCGCCCUCCCCGUCCGCACGUCGUGAAGAGACCGAAGAGCAACAUCACGGUGGAAGGCCGGAGGACUUCUAUCUCCAGCCCUGAGCAGCCUCAGCCGUAUCGGACGCUCAAGGAAUCAGACAGUGCAGAAGGCGACGAGGCAGGGAGUCCAGAGCGGCGAGCGCGGGAGCCCACGGGCCCUGCCCCGGCUCCUCCUGACCGGGCUGCCAGCAUCGACCUUCUGGAAGACGUCUUCAGCAACCUGGACAUGGAGGUCCCACUGCAGCCACUGGGCCAGGCCAAGAGCUUGGAGGACCUUCGGAUCCCCAAAGACCUGAGGGAGCAACCAGGAACCUUCGACUAUCAGAGGCUGGACCUGAGCAGGAGUGACAGGAGCCGCGGGAUGCCGGUGGCCUUGAAGCUCACCCACCCAUACAACAAGCUCUGGAGCCUGGGCCAGGACGACAUGGCCAUCCCCAGCAAGCCCCCAGCCACCUCCCCCGAGAAGCCCUCAGCCCUGCUUGGGAACUCCCUGGCUGUGCCCCGCAUGCUGCCGACCCAGGACAGCAUCCUGAACCCCAGUGACAAGGAGGAGGCGCCCACCCCCACUCCAGGCAGCAUCACCAUCCCCCGGCCCCAGGGCAGGAAGACCCCAGAGCUGGGCAUCGUGCCUCCGCCCCCCACCGCCCGCCCAGCCAAACUCCAGGCCGCCAGCACCGCCCUCGGGGACUUCUCCUCAGAUCGGCUACAGGCCCUGAGCCGGGCCCCGUUCCCCGGGCUCCUCCCUAGUGCUACCCCCCAAGGACCCACCGAACCGCUCCAGCCGCUCAACCUGGCCCCCGGGGCCGCAAGCUCGAGCAGUGACGCCCUGCUGGCCCUCCUGGACCCACUUAACACAGCCUGGUCAGGCAGUACUCUUCCACCGGGCCCUUCAGCCCCAAACAUAGCCACCUCCUUCACUCCCCAGUUUAGCUUCCCCCCAGCAGGGACCCCCACCCCCUUCGCGCAGCCAUCACUCAAUCCCUUCAUCUCAUCUGUGCCCACGGCACUGCCUGCCAUGGCCCUGGUCUCCACACCGGCCGGGCCUUUCGGGGCCCCUCCUGCUUCCCUGGGGCCAGCCUUUGCGCCCAGCCUCCUACUGUCUGGUUCCGGCCUCUGUGGCCCACAUAGAUCUCAGCCCAACCUGUCUGCCCUCUCCAUGCCUAACCUCUUCGGCCAGAUGCCCAUGGGUGCCCACACCAGUCCCUUGCAGCCCCUGGGCCCCCCAGUGGUCGCCCCUUCAAGGAUCCGAACAUUGCCCCUGGCCCGCUCAAGCGCCAGGGCUGCCGAGGCCAAGCAGGGGCUGGCCCUGAGGCCCGGAGAUCCCCCUCUCCUUCCUCCCAGACCCCCACAGGGCCUGGAGCCAGCACUGCAGCCCUCUGCUCCUCGAGAGACCAGAGACCCCUUUGAGGAUUUGUUACGGAAAACCAAGCAAGAUGUGAGCCCGGCCCCGGCCCCAGGCUCAGUAGAGCAGCUCAGGAAGCGGUGGGAGACCUUCGAGUGAGCCAGGCGCCGAGCGAGGGCGAGCCGGGCCCAGCCAUGCGCCGCCGGCCGCUGCGCCCCAGGCCAGCCGGCCCUGCUUCCCCUGCUCCGUUUCUGCCCAGGUUCUGCUGGUGGGAAGGGAUGGGACCCCCGUCUGCCGCCCCUCCUCCCCUACACACCACCCAUCUCUGAGGUCUGGCCGCUAGAGAAUGGUGCCAGUUCUGGCCUGGGAAUGGUCCCAGCCCCUGGGCACCCACCCCACCCUGCCACCACCCCUUCCUGCACCCCUGAGUAGGUUUUGCACUAAAGAGGUCAGCUGGGCGAAUGACUGCCCCAGACCCAGCCCCACCUGCCUUCCCCCUGGAAGCCUCCCAUCAGGA